AUGCGCGCCGUUCUCCUCUCUGCCCUGUUCGCCUCAGUGGCAGCGUUCGCGCCACCCACGGCCCUCGUGCCGCGCGUCGUCGACGCGCCGCUCACCAAGGCGCUCGAAACCUUCGCCACCACGCUGGUCGUCUCGAACGGCCUCUUUGGCCUCCAGUUCCUCCUCAUCCCCAAGUUCUUCAUCUCGCAGUUCUUUGAGAAGGAGCUCGACGCGUUCCACCUCUUCUUUGCCCGCUUCAUCGGCGUGCUCAUCCUCGGCCAGUGCGCGCUCCUGAAGGUCUGCCCGUCGGAGACGACCUUUCUGCCGGCCCUGAUCACUCAGAUCGCCGUUGGCAUCAUGGGACCGCUCAAGGCGCAGCUCACGCUCGACCCGAAGAUGCCCAUCCACCUCUUUCCGGUCAUCACCGUCUUCGUCUGCGCCGGCCUCGGCCUCCUGGCCUUCUGAGGUGGCUCGCUUGGCGGGGCGCCCGUGUGUGACGAGGGCUGAGGUCCUGAGACAAGCCCAGGCCCCUCCUCAGACAAGCCCUCGCCGGGGCGGAUAUUAGGAUCGUGCGCCGGCAAGCGGCAACCCUUUUUAGUAGACUUCGCGAAACAUUAC